AUGGAUUACCGUACGGUAUGCCAAGUGGAGCAAGCCCCGCGCUGCACCCUAGCACUCCCUUCGGUAAUCCACCCUGCGCUUCAGACCACGGUCGAAGCAGAGCUUUUGGCUCAGAUGACCUCCCUCCGAAAGGAGAUGGCUAAACUCCAAGAACGUAACAAUCUCCUCUCGUCCAAAGUGGACGAAACCCAACGGUUGCUUAAUCAGCAGGAAACGCAAAACGUUCGGACGACCGAAUCUUCCCAGAGUCAGCAGACCCCCGGUCGGCAGAGGAAGGGAAAACAGGGGGCAAAGGCAACGCCUGCGCCCUCCAAACAGCUGGUAGUCCCGGCACCCCCGGACCAACCGCACGUACCGAAGAAGGUAUACACCGAUUGUCGUCAUCGGAUCAACGACAAGAAGGGAUGCCGAACGGCAUAG